GGCGGAAUAUCAAAUAGUUCUUCGACCGGAAGUAGACCUACAAACUAUUUUUUUUGCACUGAAGUUGUAUGACUUGCGCACUAGCUGGCAGGGUGUAGCCUGGUCAGAUGUAGCUCUUUUCCUCUAAAAGUUUUUUUUUGUUUUCCUUCAUGGCGUUGCUCAGGAAUCAAUAGCCUUAACGAGUGGAAGUAAAGUCGAGGAAAGAGUAAAAACAAAGGAGAGAAAAAAAGGUUCUGCAUGGUUUUAUUUCUAACUGGGGGAAAGGGCCAGGACGCACGGAGACACAAAAUAAUGCGCUGCGCGGCUCUUGUGUUGAGUUUACUGACUUUGUGCGCAACGCGCGUUCACGCAGCAAUGGACGAGUGCGUGGACGAGUCGAACCAACACGCUCAGCGCUGCUUGCCUGAGUUCUAUAACGCGGCGUUCAACGUGACCGUUGUGGCCACUAACACGUGCGGAUCACCGCCUGAAGAAUACUGCGUGCAAACCGGCGUGACCGGAGUCACAAAGUCGUGCCACAUCUGCGAUGCCCGAGAUCCGAGACUACAUCACAGCGCCGUCUACCUCACCGAUUACAACAACCAAGCGGACACCACCUGGUGGCAAAGCCAGACCAUGCUAGCAGGCGUCCAGUACCCCAGUUCCAUCAACUUAACCCUGCACCUAGGCAAGGCCUUUGACAUCACCUACGUACGUCUCAAGUUCCACACCAGUCGCCCAGAGAGCUUCGCCAUCUACAAGCGCACGAGCGAGGAUGGCCCAUGGAUCCCGUACCAGUACUACAGCGGCUCGUGCGAGAAAACCUACAGCAAGACGAACCGCGGAUUCAUCCGCACCGGCGAAGACGAGCAGCAGGCUCUCUGCACGGAUGAGUUCAGCGACAUCUCUCCGCUCACUGGAGGAAACGUGGCCUUCUCGACACUCGAGGGCCGCCCCAGCGCAUACAACUUUGACAAUAGCCCGGUGCUUCAGAAUUGGGUGACUGCAACAGACAUCAGAGUGACCCUGAACAGGCUGAACACGUUUGGAGACGAAGUGUUCAAUGACCCCAAAGUCCUCAAGUCGUACUACUACGCCAUCUCCGACUUCGCCGUAGGAGGAAGGUGCAAAUGUAACGGUCAUGCCAGCGAGUGUGUGAAGAAUGAAUACAGCAGGUUGGUGUGUAACUGCAAGCACAACACCGAGGGUGAUGACUGCAACGUGUGUAAGCCCUUCUAUAACGACCACCCAUGGAGAAGAGCCACGGCUGACAACGCCAACGAGUGUCAGCAAUGCAACUGCAACGGCAAGAGCAACGAAUGCUUUUUUGACCCGGCUCUGUUCCGUGCCACGGGUCACGGAGGUCACUGCCGCAACUGCGCCCACAACACGGACGGACCCAACUGUGAGCGCUGCCUUGACAACUACUACAGACUGGAUCCAGCCCAGCACUGCCUGCCCUGCAGCUGUAACCCUGUUGGCUCUCUGAGCACUCAGUGUGACACAACAGGACGUUGCAGUUGCAAACCGGGAGUCAUGGGAGAUAAGUGUGACCGCUGCCAGCCUGGGUACCACUCGCUGUCUGAGGCGGGCUGCAGUCCCUGCUCCUGCAACCCUGCCGGAAGCACACAGGAGUGUGAUGUCAGUACGGGACGCUGUCAGUGUAAGGAAAAUGUGGACGGCUUCAGCUGUGACAGGUGUAAACUAGGCUUCUUCAACCUGGAUGUUCAGAAUCCUCAGGGAUGUACGCCGUGCUUCUGCUUCCAUCAUUCCACCGUGUGCGAGAGCGCCGAGGGCUACAGCAUACACACCAUCACGUCCAACUUCGAACGAGGUGACGAAAGCUGGAAGGGUCAGCGGAGAGACGGCUCCAGCGUGCCAGUGCAGUGGUCUCCGACCUCUCAGGAGAUCUCGCUCAUGUCAGAAGAUUACUUCCCCAUGUACUUUGUGGCUCCAGAAAAAUUUUUGGGGAACCACAUCCUGAGCUACGGUCAGAACCUGACUCUCCAUUUCCGGGUGGAUCGGCGCGAUGCUCGCCUUUCAGAAGAGGACAUUGUGCUUGAAGGGGCGGGGCAGCGCAUCGCCGUGCCACUCAUCGCUCAGGGAAACGCUUACCCCGAAGACCAAAUAAAGACCUUUGUGUUCAGGCUCCAUCACACCCCUGACUCUCCCUGGAGACCAGUGCUGAGGCACACAGAGUUCCAGAAGCUUCUCCACAACCUGACGUCCAUCAAGAUCCGCGGAACCUACAGCGAGAGAAGUGCUGGGUAUCUGGACAGCGUGUCUCUGGUGACCGCUCGGCGAGGUCACGGAGAGCCAGCGCGCUGGGUGGAGAAGUGUUCGUGUCCUGCCGGCUACGAGGGUCAGCACUGUGGCAAAUGCACUCUGGGAUACAGGAGGAGCCAACCGGAGCUGGGUCAAUACAGCCCCUGUGAAACUUGCAACUGCAACGGCCACAGCGACACCUGCGACCCUGUAACAGGAAUGUGUGACUGCGAGGACAAUACUGCUGGCAUGAGCUGCGAGAGGUGUAAGGACGGUUUCUAUGGCGAUGCCACGGCGGGUUCACCAUCUGACUGUAAACCUUGCCCAUGUCCUGCAGGCGCCACCUGCGCUCUUGUUCCCAAAACUAAAGAGGUGGUGUGCACCAACUGUCCGCUCGGCACCACAGGGAAACGAUGCGAGCUGUGCGACGACGGAUUCUUCGGCAACCCGCAAGGCAUCAACGGUCAAAUGAGGCCGUGCCGUGCGUGCAACUGCAACAGCAACAUUGACCCCAACGCUGUGGGCAACUGCGAUCGAGACAGCGGCGAGUGCCUCAAGUGCAUCUACAACACGAACGGCUUUUUCUGCGAUCGCUGCAAAGAAGGUUACUACGGCAACGCCUUGGCUACCAACCCAGCAGAUAAGUGCAAACCUUGCACCUGCUCACCUCACGGCACCGUGGACAGGCAGAAGACCUGCAUGCAAGUAACGGGGCAGUGUGAGUGUCUCCCUCAUGUCACCAAGCGAGACUGCAGCGCCUGUGAGCCCGGCUACUACGACCUGAAAAGUGGAGACGGCUGCCAAAGGUGCAACUGCAACCCUAUCGGCUCUACUAACGGCCAGUGCGACAUUGAGACCGGACAAUGCGAGUGUCAGCCCGGGGUCAAAGGGCAGCACUGCGAGCGCUGCGAAGUCAACUUCUUCGGCUUCAGCUCAUCCGGAUGCAAACCCUGCGACUGUGACCCUGAGGGCUCGCGUACAGCUCAAUGCAGAGACAACGGCCGUUGCGAGUGUCGCCCCGGCUUCGUCGGUAACCGCUGCGAUAUGUGCGAGGAGAACUACUUCUACAACCGCUCUGUUUCAGGCUGCCAGCAGUGUCCCAACUGCUACAGUCUCGUCAGGGACAAGGUGAACCAGCAGAGACAGAAGCUCCAUGACCUGCAGAAUCUGAUCGACAACCUGGGCAGCCAGGACACAGUGAGUGACAAAGCCUUCGAAGACCGUCUCAAGGAGGCUGAGAAAACCAUCAUGGAUCUGUUAAAGGAGGCUCAGGCCAGCAAAGAGUUGGACAGUGACCUGUUGGAUCGCCUGAGGAACCUCAACAACACGCUGACAACACAGUGGAACCGGCUGCAGAACAUCCGGAACACGGUGGACAACACCGGAGACCUGGCGGACAAGGCACGCGGCAGGGUGCAUGAGACGGAAAAACUCAUCGAGCGGGCGAGAGAUGAGCUGGACAAAGCAAAGGAUGCCAUCAGCAAAGUGGAUAUCAAAAUUCCCACAACCACUGGAGAUCCAAACAACAUGACACUCCUGGCUGAGGAGGCUCGCAGUCUGGCAGAGAAGCAUAAGACGGAUGCAGAUCAGAUUGAAAAAAUUGCCAAAGAUGCCAACGACACUUCAACGAAGGCCUACAACCUGCUGAUGAAGACUCUGGACAGUGAAAGCAAGAUCAACAAGGACAUCGAUGACCUGAACAAGAAGUACAAUGAGGCCAAGGACCUGGCCAAGAACCUGGAGAAACAGGCCACUAAAAUCCGAACCGAAGCAGAAGAAGCAGGAGACAAAGCCAUGAAGAUCUACGCUAACCUGACCAGCCUGCCUCCAUUUGAUGUCAAAUCACUAGAGGAUGAAGCCAAUAAAAUUAAGAAGGAGGCGUCAGACCUGGAUAAGCUCAUCGAUAAAACCGAGAGGGAAUACAACGACCUGAGAGAAGACCUGAGAGGCAAAGAAAACGAUGUCCGCAGACUGCUGGAAAAGGGCAAGACCGAGCAACAGACAGCGGAUCAGUUGCUGGCGCGCGCGGAUGCAGCCAAGGCUCUGGCAGAAGAGGCAGCUAAGAAAGGCCUUUCCACAUUCCAGGAGGCCCAGGACAUCCUCAACAACCUCCGAGACUUCGAUAAGCGAGUGAACGACAACAAGACCACAGCGGAGGAGGCACUGAGACGUAUUCCGCAAAUCAAUGCGACGAUCAACGCAGCCAAUGAGAAGACCCGGCAGGCCGAGGCAGCCCUGGGCAACGCGGUGGCCAACGCCAAAGAAGCCAAAUCCAAGGCGGAGGAAGCUGAGAAGAUCGCCAACAACGUUCAGAAGGGUUCGGCUAAAACCAAAGCCGAGGCAGAGAAAGCCUUUGGCGACACAAUGAAACUGGACGACGAGGUGAAGGACAUGAUGAAGCAGCUGGCAGACGCAGAAAAGGAGCUGGAGAAGAAGAAAGACGAGGCAGCACAGGACAUGAUGAUGGCUUCGAUGGCAUCAGACAACGCCAAGGAAGCAGAAGAAAAUGCCCGCAAAGCCAAAAACUCCGUCCGCACCGUUCUCAGCGCCAUCACCGACUUACUCGGCCAACUGGGCAACAUCGACAAGGUGGACUUGAGCAAACUGGAGCAGAUCAACAGAUCGCUAAACGAAGCCAAGGAGAAAAUGGCGGGCAGCGACCUGGAUAGGAAGCUGAAGGAGCUGAACGAUGUGGCCAAGAGCCAAGAGGAUAUGAUCAGCGAUUACGACCGGCAGAUCCGUGAGAUCCGCGCCGACAUCGCCAACCUGAACGACAUCAAGAACACUCUUCCUAAUGGCUGCUUCAACACGCCAUCCCUCGAGCGGCCUUAAACCAACACCCCCACACCCCACACCCCCACCCCUCUCAUCCACACCAGUCGCCGUCUAACAUUCGGGGCAAGAUGCCAUCAUGGGUUUUUACCAAAAUGGGUCUUAGUUUGUUUUUAGCUGUAUUUUUUUUUUUUAAUCCAUCAGUGAAGUCACAUUUGUUUUCUCUUAUCCCAACAAUAUACAGCCAGUAGAAUUUUUUUUUAUUUUAUUUAACCCAGAUAUUCAACAAUGCACAACAAAAGUCUUGAAUUCUCCAGAAAUUUUAUUCCUCCUACUCUUUGCUCCAUUACAACCCCAGAUAUUUACUGUUGGUUUAGAAAAAACGGACAAGGAAGGAAUCUUUUGUCUUUGUGAUCUCUCUCUCACUCACGCACUCCUCCAUUACAGUAUUGUAUUCAUCUCAUCCGCAAACAGCAACAUGUACAAUUUGUACUUCGGCAUCCACUUCACCUUUCAGCUCGAACCCACUUCAAUUUUUUUUUUUUUGGCUGUUUACUUACUUACAGGUUUAUCGCCAAUCACUCGUUCACUGUUUAUUUUUUCAAUUUGUUUUUUAUUUUGCAAGACGAAAAGAAUUUCAACACUAUGCAACUUUGUACAUUUUGCGUAGCAAGACUUAUGAUACACUGGUGCUAAUAAUUAUUUCAAAAUGUUAUAUUUUUGUGUGAAUUUUUUUUUUUAAUUAUUAUUAUUAUUAUAUAGAGUGAGGAUUUUUUUUUCGUGUAAAUAUAUUCGUAAAUGUUUCAGGAAUGGCUUUUUUUUUUUUCCCCUCCCAGUCAGCUGAAAAGAAACUCGGCUACAAUCAGCUCUCCACCUCCAUAAUAUAUAAAUCUAUAUUAAAAAAAAAUAUAUAUAUAUAUAUAUAUAAAUAUGUCCUGUGGUAUAAUAUGCUUGCUUGUAUACAUGGCAAUUUUUUUUUAUUUUACUUUUUUUGUUGCCUCAUAGCACCACCAUUUUAUUUUGAUUGAUUUUCAGCGAGUUGUUAAUAUAAAAAAAAACGACAAAAAAAAAACAGAAGGAAAGAAAGAAAUAACCAUAGAAAGAUUUGGAAGAACAACAACAAUCCUGUAACUAAAACUCGCCUAAACUUAUGUAGAAAUAUGUCUAACAUUUCAAACGUGUUUUUUUUUUUUUGUGGUGUUGAUUUUUAUUUUGGAUAUUAAGCUGGUCUCAUGUGACCAGUUGAGCAGAUACAAUGGUGUCUUGUGCCUUAAUUAACUACUGGAGAAGGAUUCAUCAACCUAUGAUCCAAGAUUACUCUACUACUACUAUUUUUCUUUCUGAAAACACACACACACACUACACAGUAAUGAAGCAGGAAGCGUAUUAAGCACUCCGUGAUGAUGAUGAUAUAAAUGUGCUUUAUUAUCUGGUGAACCUCUCCAGAAGGCUUCCUCCAAACCUCUUUUGCCUUACCAAUGUGGACACGAGUGCAACAUUUACACAGUUUAUCUAUACAACAGUAUUGAUUUUUUUUUCUUUUUAAUGUAACGUGUUUUUUUUUUGUUCUCCUUUCAGUAUGUGACUGUGUUGCACAAGUUGGGUUUUAAGCUCCUGCUUUCCUAUGUUGAUGUUCAAGGCACUACACACACAUAUACAUAUAUAUAUACACACACACAUAUACACACACACAAAGGGCCUGAGAAACUCCAGCUUUGUCACCCGGUUGCCUGUUAAAUCAAAUUAUAACAUUUGAAUAAUAAACAAGUGGUUAUUUCCAGACCUGAAA